GAGAGAGAGAGAGAGAGAGAGAGAGAGAGAGAGAUCAACCUAAUCUGCCUGAACCCACAUGCAACCAGUCUUCUUCUUCUUCUUUCUUUCUUUAUGCUUCUAUACUAUUUAUUAGAGAGAGAUGUCGGGGAUACAGUGUAAGUCGAAGAAGGGCAGCAGCAUACGGAUGAAGCUAUUUGGCUUCCAGGUUUCCGAGGAGGAGACCGGACCGGGAUCCGACUCCUCGUCAUCCACGGCGACCACGGCCACCGCUGCCGCGCCGGCUGGUGGAGUGGGAGAGGGAGGAGACGGGAGGAAGUACGAGUGCCAGUACUGCUGCCGCGAGUUCGCCAACUCGCAGGCGCUGGGCGGCCACCAGAACGCGCACAAGAAGGAGCGGCAAAGGCUGAAGAACUCCGCCCAGAUGCAGCAGCAGCAGCACCACCUCCACGGCGGAGGCGGCCUCGCCGGCACGCUGUACCCACGCAACCCUAUAGUAUCGGCCUUCACGCCGCCGCCCCACCUCCUCCAGGACCCCCCCACCGCCGCCGGAGGCCCCACCGGGUGGGUCUACUUCUCCAGCGCGUCGCCGGGCCCGCCGUUCCACGUCUCGCACGGCUGUGUCUUCCCCUCCACCGCUGCUCGUGUUCCUCCGGUGACGCCCGCCUACUACUCCUACGCAGCCGCCGGCGGCGGAGAAGGCGAUGGCUGGCAGCUGUACGACGAGAGCUCGAUCGCGGGGCCGACCUCGUUCGCCAGGUUCACGGUCUCCGGGCCCGGCAAGAUGAGCACAGACUUGGCGGGAGCGGAAGACUCGUUCGAGUUGGACCUCCAACUCGGCCUGGCUCCCACCCGGAUGUGACUCGGUGUAGUCAUCACUGUGUGACUCGGUUUCUGAUAAGACGAUGAAUGCUUCAAAAGAAGGCUUAGUGUAGACGCUGUACAUUCUUCUUUUCCUUUUGUCUUUCAUGGCGAUUUUUGGUUUAAUUUGCAUCUAUGAGAGGAUGAUGUUUAGCAAGUCAUUUAUCGCCU